GCUGGUUCUUCACAUCCCUAGCGUAAUCUUUUCCCCGGUAUGAAGAGCCCAAGUCGGUGGUCUUGUCAUGUCCAGGUUACCUGACCGAUCUCUGCUGACCCGGUGCGAGAUAUUCGUGUAUUUCGGCGUCUAUAUAGCUUAUAUAGUUGUGGGCCUGUACAAGAUCUACGGACUUCGGGAUCACAUAGCCAAGGAGGCAAAGUUCCAGUUUCCGGAGGGCUGGGGCUUUUAUCCCUUUUCCGAGCGGCGGCGAGAUGACAGUAACGAUGAGCUGGAAAACUUUGGAGACUUCAUCGCUAGCUUUUGGCUCUUCUACCUACUCCAUGCGGCUGUCCAAGGAGUCGUGCGCUGGAAAUUUCCUCGCCUUCAAUGCCAGGCAUUCGCCGGAGUUUGUGCCCUGGCCCUGGGAGUUAACCUGGACUGGACAUCAAUGGUCUUACUGGCUGCUUUAAUAGCAAGCUACUACCUCGUUUCCCUUGUCACAUCCAAGAGCAUGGUGUGGCUCUUGUCCGCCGGCUGGAUACUGUGCAUUAAUCUGAUGCAGAAGAACGCCUGGUGGACGGAUCGCGUUGGCUAUACGGAGUACGUCCUGGUGAUAGUCACCAUGUCCUGGAGUGUGCUGCGCGGCUGCAGUUAUUCGCUGUCCAAGAUGGGGGCCAAACAGGAGGAUCUAGGGAGAUACAACCUCAUCCAGUACCUGGGCUAUGCCAUGUACUUUCCCUGCCUGACCUACGGACCCAUCAUAAGCUACCAGAGAUUUGCAGCUAGGCGAGAGGAUGAGCAGCAGGACUGGGUACGAUUCGUCGGAGGAGUCCUGCGUAGUGCCAUCUGGUGGCUGGUGAUGCAGUGCGCCCUCCACUACUUCUACAUACACUACAUGUCGCGGGAUGUGCGCAUGGUGGAGAUGAUGGACUCGGUAUUUUGGCAGCAUUCCGCCGGUUAUUUCAUAGGUCAGUUUUUCUUCCUGUACUACGUGGUUACCUAUGGCUUGGGUAUAGCCUUUGCCCUGCAGGAUGGUAUUCCAGCGCCCAGCAGACCGCGCUGCAUCGGCCGCAUUCACUUCUACUCGGACAUGUGGAAGUACUUCGAUGAGGGCCUGUACGAGUUCCUCUUCCAGCACAUCUACGCCGAGAUGUGCGGCAAGCGAUCCUCGCCGGCGGCCAAGUUUGGAGCCACCGCUUUGACCUUUGCCUUUGUGUUCGUAUGGCAUGGUUGCUACACCUACGUGCUCAUCUGGAGCAUUCUGAAUUUCCUCUGCCUGGCUGCAGAGAAGCUGUUCAAAACGUUGACCUCAUUGCCAGAGUACCAGAGGUGGACACAGCGUCAUCUGGGAGCAGUGUGUGCUCAGCGGUUGUACGCCAUGUUGGCCACACAGCUCUUCAUCCCGGCCGCCUUCUCCAAUGUCUACUUUAUUGGUGGGCAGGAGAUCGGCGACUUCCUGAUGCGCGGCGCCUACCUCAGUGGAGUGGGCAACUACAUGGCCUUGUGCUUCUGUAGCUACUGCUUUUUCCAAUGCUCCGAGCUGCUCCUGACCAAGUCGGAUGCUCGCUCCAAGAUAAAAACUAAUUGACCUCUAUAAAAGUCUGCUUAGAUUAACGUUAAGAAAGACUACUUUUGAACAAUUUUGUAUUACAUCUUGUAUUACUACAUGGCUUUAUAAUUGUUUUGUGACUAUUACAA